AUGGGCACAGGCUACUCGCACAAGAAGUCGGCGGCCAAGUUCACCAAAAAAGGCAACCCGACGACCGAAAUCCGCCGCGGCUGCAAUGGCAUGAAGAACCACGGCAGCAAGGCCGUCACGGGUUUCAUUAACCAAAACCUGGAGAACAUCAUGGCCAGUCGCGUGUUGCAAGCCGGCACGUCGCUUGCUCUGAGCGACGUCAAGGCGCAUGGCAAGGAGAGACUCAAGGAGAUAAACCAGCACGCGCGCACCAGGAAGAAAAGUCGAGUGGCGCAGAAACUGGCUGCAUUGGAGCGGUCUAUCAAGGAUCAAGAGGAAGGCGGCACCAAGCGCAAGCGUCCCACGGCUGCGGCCGUCGUCCCGCAUUCGUAG